AAAAAUAGUAACGGAUAAUAGCGAUAUGCGGGUUAGCAGGAGCCUUGCAUAAAAGAAUACAAUUUGUUUACAUUCCAAAGGAAAACCUUUCCGGUGAUAAAGAUCUCAACCACACAUUUUUAUUGGCCAAGUUAUAACCGAUUCAACAAAACCUGAAGCGGGGAUCAUUAAGCAAAAGCGAAGCAGCGCAAAUUUCAAGUGAAGUUAGUUUCCAAGAGUACUUCCAACAAUAUGGGUCCGACAAAUUUAGCACAAAUCUCUAAACAGGAAGUGGUUGAUUUUGUCAAAUCCUUUGAUUACGUUUUUUGUGAUAUUGACGGUGUUUUACUUUUGGGCGGCACAGUUAUUCCAGGUUCAAACGCGUUCAUUUCGAAAUUAAGGAAACUCAAAAAAAGAAUUGUCUGCGUCACAAAUAACACGGUUUUUUCUGCGAACGUUUUAGAAAAAUUCUUGGUCCCGUUUGAUGUACCUAAAGCGGAUGUCGUUAAUCCGUCGAGGGCCAUUUUAGAGUACUUAAAGAAAAUAAAUUUUAAUAAAAGUUUGUACGUGAUCGGAACAAAUGCAUUUAAAAACUCGUUAAGGAAUGCGGGAUUUAAUUUAAUCGAAUUUAAGCCAGACAAACUGGACGAGUUUAUGGGGGUAUUAAGAACCGAAGUGAAAAAUGUAGAAGAAACCGAAGCUGAUAUUGGAGCAGUCAUAGUGGACAUGGACAUAAAUUUCAGUCUUGUAAAAGCUGAGCGAGCCGUAAUUUUACUAACUACAAGAAAUGAUAUUCUAUUCUUGUCGGGAAUGUCGGAUCACUCAAUUCCAUUCCCUAACAAAAUUAAUGUACUAGGAUCAAAAUUUUACAUUGACGCAAUAGAAGAUAUAACAAAGCGGCAAAGCAUUAAAUUUGCCAAACCAAGUUUGCAAUUAAAGAACAUCCUUAACGAAGAUUUCGGCGUGACAGACUCGGGAAGGGUUUUAUUUAUUGGCGAUUCAAUCGACAGCGAUAUGGGAUUCGCGUCGAAUUGUGGAUAUCAAAAGUUACUAGUUCUAACAGGCAAUGCUAACGAAGAUGAUAUCAAGAACUGGAACUUUCCUGAGGAAUAUAAACCCAAGUAUUUUGUUCAUUCUUUAAAUGACUUUAGUGAAUUGUUGAGUAGAUAUAAUAUCUUUGGCGCGUUCGAUAUGACUCGGCUCAAAGAUCUCGAACUGGUCACGAAAGAAGAUUUAACUGGUUUUAUUAACUCCGUGCAGUAUGUAUGUUUCGACAUAGACGGUGUCCUGCUACUGGCGGGAAAGUGUAUUCCGGGUGCUCAGGAAUGCAUAGCACGACUCAGAAAACUGGACAAAAAAAUCAUUUUCGCCAGCAAUAACAGCGUCGCCUUUGUGGCAACAUUAAAGUCACGUUUGAGCGAGUUUAAUGCUGUCGAAGAUGAAAUAGUCACACCGAACGAAGCCCUUAUCGACUAUUUGCAAGACAUUAAUUUUCUUGGGGACAUAUAUGUCAUUGGUGGGAGAGCUACCAAAAUAGAACUUAAAAAAGUUGGUUAUAACGUUAUCGAGUUUGAGACGGAAACAAUUGAGGAAUCGUUAAUCGAAUUGCGGGCCGAAUGCGUACAGGCUUACGAACGCGCGCAAGAGAUUGGAGCUGUAGUGCUAGAUUUCGAUCUAAACUUUAAUUUGCUUAAAGCGCAGCGAGCUAUUACUUUGUUAAACGCUAACAAGGACAUACUCCUUUUUAGUGGUGCCAGGGAUGACAUCGGCCCUCUUUCAAAGGAACUAAUUGCAUUGGGACCUAAAUUCUAUAUCGAAACAAUUGAACGAGUGACAAAAAGGUCCAGCAUCGACUUCGCCAAGCCUAGUAUGCUGUUGAAAGACGUUAUCCAAGACAAAUACGACAUUGAUGAUCCAAAAAAAGUACUAUUUGUCGGAGACAGCACGCUCACUGACGUCGCGUUUGCCAACCAAAGUGGAUUUCAAAGUCUGUUAGUAUUAAGCGGAACGACCAAAGCGGACGAAGUCGCCAAUUGGAAUUUUCCCGACGACCACAAACCCCACUAUUACGUAACUAGUUUAAAAGAACUAUCUGAGGUACUUGAAAAACACAAUGUAGAAUAAAUUAAAGGAUCUUCA